CAGUAUGUGAUGCCUGCCUAUGGCCACUGGGAGGUGCGUGUGUGUGGGCGUGCGUGCGUGUGUUUGUGUCAAUCAAUUGAGCUGUGGGUAGAGUUGCAGUGUGCUCAGUGGGUCAGAGCCAGGUGCAGGGUGGGAAGGUCCCGUGAUCAGAUAUAAAUAGCUGGGGAGAUAUACAUAGACAUGCUUUGGAAGCUUAGUGUGAUUGACCCACUGAAGAUUGUAGGGCCAUCGGAGAAACAGCCUGUUGACUGAAGGUAAACAGAAAACAAAAGACAUAAUCCUCUGGGAGGUUUAAGGAUGGAAUGGUGUGGUGCCUGAAUGCCAUUGUUCAUCUGAAAUGGUGUGAUAUGGUGCCAUGUAGUUGUUGAACUUGGAGUGGCCAUUGCAUGCUCAAUUUACAGUAAGUGGCUUGAUAACUGUUGAAUAAUAGCUUUUUUAAUCCUGAAUGUUUUAUCCACAGUUCCCUAUAAAGGCUGAUGUAGUUUUCAAUGUGCGAUACCCAACACUACAGCCACACAUAUAAUGCACCAACCCAUGCCUGUUUAGCCUUUAUUGCACUAUACUGUCAUCAUCAAAGUCACCCCACAGCAGAGAACUGGGGCAGCUAUUUCAAGCAGAACACAACCAUUAAGCAUGUAAAUAUACUGUAAUGUAUCAAUGUAUUAUCUUGUUUUCUAUGUAUGUGAAAUGAUAGUCAGCACAAACUCACAAAAAUUACAGUGUGCAACAUGGCUGCAAUGCUCUCCAGUUUUACUAUUGUCUAUGAAAUGUCUGCCGAGGUCCUGUUGGUAUUUGAGGCUGCUGGCUGGUCAUGUGUAUGGUCCCUGCCCUGGUAGGUAACAUGUUGCCCCUUUAAAAUACCAGUAGUUGAACAGUGAAUGAAGGUUCUUAACAUAAUGUCUCCCCAACUCAAGUUAGUAGUUUCCUGGUGAGUUGACCCUUCCUGGAGUGACAGAUGAACUCCGAGACAGAGGCAGGAUAUGUUUUUGACCAACCAGAAGAGGACGAGGUCACACAGUAUAUGAUUGAACAGAGCCUUCUGAAAUACAACAAGCACAAAGGCUCACUCCCUAAUGACCCUGCAGGCCCUGAAGGUGAUCCUGAUGAGGUCUUUACAGUGAUAAAGGAAGGUAAUGAGGAGGCCCUAAUAAGGCUAGCUGAGCAACCAGGAGCCAUGUCCAGAGUAGACGACAGAGGAUGGAUCCCGUUACAUGAGGCCGCAGUGCAGGAGAAGAAAAGUAUACUGGAGAUCGUCUUCUCAGCUUCCCCCCAGGGCGCAGAGCAGUGCCGGACUCUGAAAGGAGAGACACCUCUCUUCCUGGCUGUAGUGUGCGGCCUGAGGGAAAACGCUACGUUCCUGCUUCAGAACGGAUGCUGUCCAGACCUCCAGAACGAUGACGAGGAAUCUCCACUUGUGGCAGCUCUAGUAAAUGACCAAUACGAUUGUGCAUCGCUCCUGCUUCGCUGCAAUGCCAAGGUGGACCAAACAGGAGAUCUGGAGCGGACCGCCCUCCAUGAGGCAUCCCUCCUGGGUCUGGACAAUUUUGUUAACCUGCUACUGCAUUCCGGAGCCGACCCAAACGCAAGGGAUGUUGACAAGCUGACCCCACUGGCACUGGCUGCAGAGACAGGGCACCUUAACGUAGUGGAGGUCCUGCUACAGAAAGGUGUGUGUGUCUGUGUGUGUGUGUGUGUCUGGACCAUAUGGAGUGAUUCACUUUCUGUCUCUCCUCUCUCUCUAUCCUUUUCUCUCGCUCUCUCUGUCACUCUGUCAGGAGCCAGCGUGCAGUCUCAGACAGAGGGCUCUGUGCUGUUUGAGGCGGUUGCAUCAGGUAAUCCUGACAUCAUCUCUCUGCUGCUGGACUAUGGGGCAGAGCCCGACAUGCCCAACCACAGUGGGCACCUACCCAUCCACCGUGCUGCAUAUCAUGGGCAUCUGUUGGUGUUGGAACGGUUGAUCUCAGCAACAAAGAUGGAGGCAGUGAAGAAGAGUGGUAUGAGUCCCCUCCACUCUGCUGCUGCUGGGGGACACACCCAGUGCCUGGAGGUCCUUCUCAAUGCAGGCUACGACCCCAACUUCAUGCUGCACCCACGCGUGCGCAAUAAAUACGAUGACGAACGCAGGUCGGCUCUCUACUUUGCUGUAUCGAACAACGAUGUCCAGUCCACCCGUCUGCUGCUGGAGGCUGAGGCCAUGGUCAACCAGGACCCUGUCAACUGUCUACAGGUGGCUCUGCGGCUGGGCAACUAUGAGCUUAUAAACACUCUGCUGAGGUACGGUGCUAACGCCAGCUACUAUUCUCGUGUCAACACAACACACUUCCCAUCAGCACUGCAGUAUGCGCUGAAAGAUGAGGUCAUGCUGAGGAUGCUUCUCAACCAUGGAUACGAUGUACAGCGCUGCUUUGACUGUCCCUAUGGAGACAGUUCCCAUGACUACGCACCCUGGACGACCUCGUUCACCAAAGACAUGGUGUUCUGUGAGGUGAUAACAGUCAAGUGGCUGAAACACAUCUCGGCACAGGUAGUGCGCAUCAUGCUAGACUACACAGACCACGUCACCCUCUGUGUCACACUCAAGGAAUGCCUGAAGACACAGAAACAGUGGCCUGAGAUAUGCUAUAUCCAAGAGAAUGUGCGCAGCCUGAAGCACCUGUGUCGGCUGCGUAUCCGGGACUGCCUGAGCCGUCUGCAUCUGCGAUCCCCAGCCUUCAUCAGCUUCAUGCCUCUCCCCAACAGGCUUAAGGACUACCUCCGAUACAGAGAGUACGACAUCUACAGCAGGGGCAGCCCUGAUUGAUAACAUAAUGGCACUCUCUAAGAAAGUUCCAGUUCCUUAUCAGUUUGUCUGGACCUUGUUUACUUUUGUAAGUGUGUGCCUCUUUAGUUCCUACUCGAGGAUCAACAAACAAGCAAUAUUCUCUCCCUUUUUUCCUACUCUGAAUGCAUGUCAUGUCAUAGGCAGCACAAUGUGUGUUGCUUCUAGGUUGAGCAUUUUGGGUCACUGAACCAACUGGGAUAAGCUUGUUUGGUUAAAAUUAUAUUUUUGUAUAAUUAUUGAAUUUGUAAGGAAUGACACACUUAGGGAUUAUGUGUAAUGUCCUAUUUUUAUCUGUGAUCUAUAAUAAUUGUAUUUUGUCAUUAAACAUUUGAACAGAA